UGAAUUCGUGUGGUAGUGGCUGAAGCUCCUUUUUAACUCAAUAAUGGCUCCGCUCCUUCCAGAUUGAGCUUCUGACCCACAACAAUGGAGCUCUUCUCCGCCAUUAAUCCUUCCCCAGACCUCCAUUUCCACUCCCUCCGUUCUCUCACUGACACUCAUCACAUUCCCCCUCCCCAUCUUCUCCUCCGUCACCGUCGCCGCCCACUCAACUCUCUCUCUCCGUACCGCCUUCUGCAUUUGCGAGCUUCCUCCGCCUCCGGUGUCCCGGAUCUUCCCGCCACCGUACCGGAGCAUGCCGGCGGAAAAUUAGUUGUGGAACUCAUAGGAGCCUUCAAUGAGCUCACUGAUAGGAUGAACCUCAAUUCCACUAGUUCGUCUGUGAUCCUCUUCGUUACUCUCAAGCUCUCUAUCCCUAUCUUGCAGAGUUUGCCUCUGCUGCCGGAUGGCCGGUCUCCUCUCUCCAAGGCCUUGUCUGUGGCGCUUAUUCUCGCCGAUCUCCAGAUGGAUGCAGAAGUUAUAUCCGCUGGUAUUCUUAGAGAGGUUAUGGAGGCUGGGGGGAUAUCUAUUCAGGAAGUUAGAAAUCAGAUGGGUAUAAGUACUGCUCAUUUACUGCACGAGAGCCUACGUGUGAAGCAUAUUCCUUCAAGGGUCGAUAUUUUUGACGAUGAUAGUUCGGCUGCUUUAAGAAGGUUCUGUCUUACGUAUUAUGAUAUUAGGGCCUUGAUUUUAGACCUGGCUCUGAAGCUUGAUAUGAUGAGGAAUCUCCAAUCAUUGCCAAGAUACCAGCAGCAGAUGCUUUCUCUUGAGGUUUUGAAGAUACAUGCACCAUUAGCAUUUGCAGUUGGAGCCAACUUCUUAUCACUUCAGUUGGAGGAUCUCUCUUUCCGUUACUUGUUUCCUUGCUCUUACUUCUACGUGGAUUCAUGGUUGCGAAGCCACGAGUCAGGAAGUAAGUCUUUGAUUGAAACAUAUAAGGAUCAGCUGACACAGUCCUUAAAGAAUGAUCCUGAAUUAGCAGACAUGGUGGAAGAUAUUUCUGUCAAAGGUCGCUAUAAAAGCCGAUCUAGCACCAUGAAGAAACUCCUGAAAGAUGGUCGAAAACUUGAAGAAGUUAACGAUAUUCUAGGAUUACGCGUCAUAUUGAAACCUAAGGCUGGGACAGAAACAUCAGAAUUGGGUGAGAGAGCUUGCUACCAGGCACGUGAAAUUAUAAAGUCACAAUGGAAGGAAAUACCCAAUAGGACUAAAGACUAUAUUGCAAGGCCAAAACCCAAUGGUUAUAAGAGCUUACACAUGGCUGUGGAUGUGAGUGACGAAAGCGAGACAAAGCCGUUAAUGGAAAUACAAAUACGAACUAAGGAGAUGGACAAAUUGGCAGCUGGUGGAACAGCAUCACAUUCAUUAUACAAGGGCGGUCUCACAGAUCCAGAAGAAGCAAAGCGGCUCAAGGCCAAAAUGUUGGCUGCAGCUGAACUUGCUGCUCUACGUCUUAAAGAUUUCCCAUCCUCUAACUAUAAAGGUAUACAUACCGACCAAAAAGGUCGAGUAUUUGGCCUUCUUGACAAGAAUGGAGAUGGUAGAAUAAGCAUAGAGGAACUUGUCGACGUCAUGGAAGACCUUGGUGUUGGAGCACCUGGAGAAGAUGCACGAGAGAUGAUGCAACUUCUGGAUUCAAAUAGUGAUGGCUCUCUUAGCUCCGAUGAAUUUGACUUUUUUCAAAAACAGGUCGAAUUCAUACGCAGCUUGGAGAACAGAGACGAUCAAUACAAGGCCAUCCUCAACCAUAAACUCCAAAAUGACGACAGUGGUUUAAUACAGGUCUAUAGUGAAGAGCUUGGCAAUCGACUUGCCACAUAGUCUCGGUCUCAGACCCCCAUUUAUCUCAACCAGGUAGGAAAUUAAGUUUAUUUUGAGCUACGUAUUUAGCCCCAUUAUUGUGAAUAAAUUGUUUAUAAUGUUGAAAAGCAAGCCAAUUCCUGUGCAGCAGUCUCAUAUUUUCAUCAGAAAAUGUAAUCUAUAUAUGGAAAGAUACCAAAUAAGAUGGUAAUAUAUCAAAUUUGUUUAGAAGAUUUGUGUAAGUUAUAGAAGAGGAGAAAU